CGAAAGACUACGCACGCGCAAUUAGUGAAAGCAGCAGAAAUCCUGACGGGAAGCAUGAAUUUGGUACCUUACUAACCCCAGAAGUCAGUAAACAAAGCCCCUGUUUUAGUCGCCAUGGGCCAUCCUCCUUUGGAAUUCAGUGACUGCUAUCAUGAUAGCCCCGAUUUCAGGGAUCGGCUGAAAUGUUAUGAGCAGGAGUUGGACAGGACAAAUAAGUUCAUUAAGGAUAUCAUUAGGGAUGGGAAUUCGCUCAUCUCAGCUAUCAAAAAUUAUUCCAUUGCUGUGCAGAAGUUCUCACAGACUCUACAGUCAUUCCAGUUUGAUUUCAUCGGAGAUACAUUGACUGAUGAUGAACUCAAUAUUGCGGAGUCAUUUAAAGAAUUUGCAGGAUUACUGCAAGAGUUAGAAGAUGAAAGGAUAAAUUUACUGAUAAAUAAUGCAACUGAUUUGCUGAUCAAGCCACUAGAACAGUUUCGCAAAGAGCAAAUUGGAGUCACCAAGGAACGGAGGAAGAAGUUUGAGAAAGAUAGUGAACGAUUUUAUUCAUUGCUGGACCGCAAUCUGAAUUUAACUACAAAGAAGAAGGAAUCCCAGCUGCAAGAGUCUGAUACACAGGUUGAUAAAGAACGUAUGAACUUCUACGAGUCAUCUUUGGAAUAUGUAUACCAAAUGCAAGAGGUUCAAGAGAGAAAGAAAUUUGAUAUUGUGGAGCCGGUCCUGGCAUUCCUUCAUAGCCUGUUUACGUUUAACAACCUUUCCUUUGAGCUGACUCAGGACUUCUUACCAUACAAGCAACAACUGCAGCUUAGUCUGCAAAAUACUAGGAAUCACUUUACAAGUACUCGGGAGGAGAUGGCUGAAUUACUGAAGCGAGUCAAAGACUUUCCUCAGAGCAGUAAACUUCCAGGCACACCAACAAUCCAGGGAUACCUAUAUACUCAGGAGAAAUGGGCACUGGGUACUACCUGGGUGAAGUAUUACUGUAAAUAUGACAAGGAUUCCAGGCUGCUCACUAUGAUUCCCAUGGAACAAAAACCUGUUGCUAAGCUGAGUACUCUUGAGCUGAAGCUGAAGUCCUGUGUCAGACGGAAAACAGACUCCAUAGACAAACGGUUUUGCUUUGAUAUCGAGACCCAUGAAAGACAGAGGACAUACACCUUGCAAGCUUUAUCAGAAGCAGAUAGGAGGCUGUGGAUGCAAGCGAUGGAUGGCAGAGAGCCAAUAUACCACAGUCCCAUAACCAAACAAGAAGACAUGGAACUGAAUGAAACUGGAUUUAAAUUUGUGAGAAAGUGUAUCAAUGCGGUGGAGACAAAAGGCAUCAAUUGUGAAGGAGUUUACAGGACUGUUGGCAGCAACAUCCAGGUUCAGAAACUUUUAGUUGCAUUUUUUGCCACAAAGAGAAUGAAGCUUAGUCCCCAGCCAGAUCCGAAAUGUCCAGGCGAUGUUGACCUGCAAAAUAGUGACUGGGAUAUAAAGACCAUUACUAGUGCUCUGAAAUUCUACCUCAGGAAUCUUUCUGAGCCAUUGAUGACUUACAAACUCCAUGGAGAUCUUAUCCUAGCUGCAAAAUCAGAUAUUGUUGACUACAGACUCAGAGCGAUACAUUUGUUGAGUUACAAACUACCUGACAUCAACAGACAGAUGCUGGAGCUUAUUAUACGACACUUAGUCAAUGUGUGCAGUUUUAGCAAAGAGAACCUGAUGACAUCUUCAAACAUGGGUGUUAUAUUUGGUCCCACCCUCAUGAGAGCUCAGGAAGAAACAGUUGCAGCAAUGAUGAACAUUAAGUUUCAGAACAUUGUGGUUGAAAUUCUAAUAGAACAUUGUAACAAGAUUUUCUCUGGUCCUCCAGAAGAUACUACAAAUGCUCCUCCAAUCCCUCCUCCAAGAAUAACUCCUAGGCGGCACAAACCAAUUACUCUUACUAAGCGCACUCCAAGGGAGCGGCCUCCCAUACUGGUUCAUACUCCUGAUGAAGAUUCAGAUGAGAACUGCAGUCAGAUACUUAAUGGUCCAGUGUUAAACAACACAGAAACAACACCCAUACCUCUACAGCGCACAAAGGUAGUAGUUCGGAAGGGGCUUGAUGCAGACUAUGUCACAUCUGUUGUCAGUCAAAUUGAAAACAACAAAUCUGAACGAACUUUGGACAUUGAUGCAGGGAAGACACCAACAAAGUUGCAAGAUGGCAGUACAAGCAGGGCCACAAAUGGAGAUGUGAUUUCCCCUGGCAUUGGAAGGGUGUCCUCAUUCCAGAAUAAGAAACCUGCUCCCAGGAAUGUUACACAAGGCGAUCCGGAGAGCACACCAAAAGCACGCACCCCUGGGGAAAAGCAUCCUAUUACUCGCCCACCAAUGAGACCUCCAGAUCCACCAUCCCGAUCUCCAAAUCAACAAAAACAGGAACAGAAAGCUGAGCCAGUGUCCGGUGGAACAGAGGAUAUCCCAUCUUCAGUAGUUGCUUCUAGGGCAAAGUUUUUUGAGGAAGCUUCCAAAAGGCCCACAAGCCUUUCUUUUCCUGUUCCUAAAGUCCAGCUAAGUGAUGAAAGCUGAAGUACAAUUUUGGUUGACAGUAUUGCGUGAACACACAGUGAAUUCCAUCUGUGAACACCUGGCUGGCUCCAGGAGAAUGUCUGGCAUCUGCUGCUAAAAUGGGCUAGUGAAGUUCCACUCCAUUGAUGUUAUCAAGAAGAUCAGAAGUUGCCAUGAGGGAAUAUCAUUCUUCUUUUUCCAUUUCAAUGUCUUUCAUUGUUCCUCUUCCUCUUUACUGUUUAUAUAUUAUUCCUUUGUUCUGUACUUAUUCAUACUGAACUCAAUGGCACAAAGAUCUUUUUUUACGUUAUCGUCAGGAUGCCUGCAUGCCAGCACCUCUAGCUAACAGAAUUUUCUACUGCAGCAUACUUAUUGGCCCUGACAACAAGAAAGCUAUAAAGUAUUAAAAUAUAAAUUGUGGUUACGUAGAGUGAUGAAUACUUGAUCUCCUCCGAGAGGACUCUCAAUCCUUGUGCAUGGCAGAAAAGGUCAUGUUGCUUUAUAUUGAAGUAUAGUAUGCUGACAUAUGUCACUGCUGAUCUUUCUUCUUCUUUCAACUUUUCCUGGUUAGGGGUCGCCACAGUGGAUCACCUGUCCGCUCAUGAUUGGCAGUGGAAUUUUAGGGUGUUGAGU